ACAAUACGGUUGUUACUCAAGGAUGAGGAGAGCCGGCAAGACUUCGGAAGAGUCGGUGUUCCUAUCGUCCGGAUUCCAAAUAGGGGUCAGGUCGUGGUAGAGGAGCGCCCGCGUCCGCAGCCACGAGGCGGUCCAUUUAACCCGUUCGUGCGUGAGACAACCACUGAUGAGCCUCACGUCGAAUUCAACCCGUACGGACCAGGCAGCAGCAGAGCUUCCCGCGUUCGUGAUCGCGAAGGAUUCCUUAACCCUUACGACGACUACUACAACAGGUUGGACAUCUUAGAGGGCAAGAUCCCCGACGAACCAGCGACGGGCGAGGUGGGAUCAUCAGCGUCCUUAGUGACAAAUGGCGGAAGGGCGGACGGUCGGCGUGGUCCGUCGGUGUCGGUCAAGACUGACUCGUCGAAGUCGCUCGCCGGACGGGGCCGUAACCCAUCCAGGAACAUUCCGCAGGCGGCCCGCGACGCCGGCUUCUAUCCCGAGGAAGUUACCGGCAUCACCGUGCUCAGUAUCGAUGUUCAGUGCGACAUGAACAGAGAGAAUAUGCGUGUUGCUUUGAGAUUUGACCAUCCGUUUGAAGGCCUUGCAUAUACCAAAGGAUAUUUCAAGGGCGACGCCUGCAGAACGCUGGGAACUGGCAGGAAUUCGCUUGUUUUCAACCUACCUCUAGAUGGAUGCGGCACUGAAGGAGUUCGCGAUACGACUAGGUUUGGUGGCACGGCCCGAUUUAGCAACACCAUCAUUGUUAUGACUCAUCCAGAACUGGGGGUGUUGGAGGAAUGGGAUAAGGCGUUCAGAGUUACGUGUGACUUUGGAUCGGACCAACUAGAAACGGUCGACUACGGAAUCAGCGUUCCACCGCCAAAGAGCAGCCUCAUUGAAGGCGGUAUGCCAGUACCUGAUUGCCGCUUUAGAAUCAUCAAGGGUCCUGCACUGAGCGGCAGCGGUGUCCAACAACUCAUUUUAGGCGACGUUGGCUCCCUCAUCUGGGAGAUUUCCUCGACCGGUGCUUUUGACAUCAUCGCCACUAGCUGCUACGCUCACGACGGCAUGGGCAUGGGUCGUGUUGACCUCAUUGACGAGCAAGGAUGUCCGAUUCACGAUAAAUUCAUCAAGAAUGUGCAAAAGGAGAGAGACGACCGUGGAACCCGCCUCGUCGCCAACUUCAAAGUCUUUAAGUUCCCGGAUGUUGGCGACGUCUAUUUCGACUGCCAGUGCAACGUGUGCGUGGACGAGUGCUUCCAGCCUCGUUGCGAGAGUACAUUUACUGGAGGCAAACGGAGGAACAGAAGAGACACAGCGAUUCAUCUCGAGCUAUCCGAUAAGGGCGUGAUCUCUGCCAAGGUCUUCAACAGCAUGCACGUCUUCGUACCAAGCGACGACGAGGAAUUGAAGGAAGAGCUGCGCCGUGAGAUGAUGAUGACCGCCGAAGCUCCAACCAGCGCAGACGAAACGUGCAUCUCAAAGCACGUGAUCGCCACAACCACAGCCGUUCUAUUGUUCUUCAUCGUCAUCGUCGUCGUCACCGUCCUGCUACUGAUAAGACAGAAGAACCGACAGACGGAGGCCAAAUCUUACGCGGACGCGCUGGCCCUCAGUCACCCACCGGCCUCAUACCACUGAGCAUUCGGUAGCAUCCAUCAUCGUUACAUCAUUGCUACCCUCGCGUUAACAUCUAUUUAUGUGAUUAACUUCGCCAUCAUAAUCGUCGUAAAUAAUCAUCGCCACCGUCACUCACUAUAGAAAAGCGGCCAUUUUAAUUUUUUUAUUAUACAUUUUUCGCCAUUUUCCACAAACAAGUCGCGUUCCUGUUUUCGUUAUUACUACACCGCGGCCGUGCCAGACCAUCAUCACUGCCAUCGUCAACGUUCACCGCCAUCGCUGUCGACAUAAUCGCUACCAUUGGCGUCACUCACGCCACACGCUCACAAAUAACUAAAAGAUGCUGUAGACGAAGCGCAUAGAUAUAUCACCAGGAGUCUAUUAAUAUAGAUAGACUCCUAAUACGUGGCCGUGAGUGUGCGAGUACGUGUCUGUGUUUGGGUGUGCGUUUGUGUGAGCGAUCUUAUAGUGUGUAAACUAGUGACUAAUCGUUUGCAGUCAUUAUCGAGAGAUAUUUAACUGCAGCUGCGGAUAAACAGCUCUCACGAUACUGCGUAUUCAUUUUGGCCGCUACACACCGCAUUCUGUAUAUAAACAUGAAUGAGUACAAUUUUUAUUUGUCGUGUAUGAUUAACUCAUCGGGCCCGACUGCCGGACACCGUUCAUUACUUACAUGUUCGUCAUUGUACCAGUAGACGUAGUGUUCUGAUGUAGAAUGAACAAUCACUAAUAUGUUGUCCUGCUCGUGGUCCGUUUCGUUGGCGCUGUCAAAUUAAAACAAUAAGGAUUGACCAGGUUGCCGGUCAGCGCUCGCCAGACUGACUGUAGACCGUAAAAAUGUUAGGCGUUGUGAUGUUGAAGUCGCGCAAACUGAAUCUGUACAACGUUGGUAAUGAGCUCGAUCGCACGCAGAUUGUCAGCGAAAGCACGCUCACUAUUUUACGUAUCGCUAAUUAAUUAGCAUUUGUUUUUUAUUCUGCUCUUGAAUAUUCUGUACAUUCUCAUCUAAGCACGCUCACUAUUUAAUUCUCAUUCAAUCACGAUCACUAUUCCGUCAUCCUGCGUGCGAGUGAGUACAUGUGCGUAUGUAUGUAUAUGUAUAUGUAUGUAUGUGUGAACGCGUGUGUGCGUACGUGUGUGUGCGUACGCGUAGGUGCGUGUCGGCUUACAAUCUGCUCGCAGAUUCACAGUGACAACGAAAGUCGGUUGUAUGAGAACUGUAUCGCAAUAAAGUCGUAUUCCUUUUAGAUUCAUA